AUGAUCCUUCCUCGCCCUGUCACCACAAUGUGUGGGAUUUUCUUUUCGUUGAGCCCAUCAAGCUUGACGCCACCAACACAGGAGACUUGCGAUCUGCUCAAACAGCGAGGGCCAGACAGCUACAAAACUCACACGUUACAAAAAGAUAUCAAGGCUCAGGAUGGGUCAGCUCCACCCCUUUCCUAUUAUCUUACCUUCACGUCGACAGUCCUUUCAUUGAGAGGUGACCAUGUGUACACUCAGCCAAUCGUAGACCCCACCACCCAGUCUGUGCUCUGCUGGAACGGAGAAGCCUGGAAGAUCAGUGGGGAGCGCGUCCAAGGAAACGAUACAGAGCGCGUGUUCAACUUAUUUCUGCAGGCAGUUCAAUGUGAAUCCAGCGAUGCUAUCGAACGAAUGGCUGCAGCUAUUGGAAGUCUUUCUGGGCCAUUCGCCUUUGUGUUCUACGAUGCAGUUCACUCAAGACUCUUCUACAGCAGGGAUUGCCUGGGAAGAAGAUCCCUUCUCGAGGGGAUUGAUGAACAUGGCAACCUGAAGAUCUGCAGCAUUUGCGAUAGCUCAUCAAUUUCUUGCUUCAAGGAGGUGGGAACGGAAGGCGUUUAUACGAUUAAUCUCGAACGCACUGAAGAUUCUCCGGUUUCUCCCACGGAGUUGUGCCAUAUUCAGACCUUGCCGUGGAGCUCAGAUGCUUCAUCAGUUGCAGGUCAUAUUAGAAAACCAAUUUCUCCAAUGAACACAUCUCUGCCCACAGAGCAGCCCCCUGCACUGACAACAGACUCUCCAUUCGUCGAGGAGCUUGAUUCAAUGCUACGCCAGUCCCUGGAGCUGAGGAUACAGAACGUGCCAGAGCCACCAAACUACCUUCCAGGCAAGACCGCGAAAACCGCGGUCCUUUUCUCCGGUGGCCUGGACUGCACACUCCUCGCAAGACUCUCUCACGACAUCAUUCCCCUCGAAGAGCCAAUUGACCUCCUCAAUGUGGCAUUUGAAAACCCUAGGGUGGCAGCUGCUGCAAAAGCCACCCCACAAAACUCGUCAUCACCAUCACUCUCAAUCUACGAAAACUGCCCAGACCGAAUGACCGGCCGUUCGGCACAUAUUGAACUCCAAAAAACAUGUCCUGGGCGUACCUGGCGAUUCAUUGCCAUUGAUAUCCCCUAUUCUGAAACUCUCCAACACCGCGAGCAAGUAAAGCGCCUAAUGAGACCCCACAACACCGAAAUGGACCAAUCCAUCGCAUGUGCCUUGUACUUCGCAUCUCGUGGGCAAGGAACAAGCCAAACCAGCUCAGCCGACCCGCAGUCACAACCAUUACCUUACACAACAUCCGCACGCGUUCUCCUCUCGGGCCUCGGGGCAGAUGAGCUCUUCGCAGGCUAUGGCCGUCAUGGUGUUGCUUUCACCCGCGGCGGAUUCCAAGACCUCAUCGCCGAGAUCAACCUUGACGUCAGCCGUCUUGGCUCGAGGAAUCUCGGCCGCGAUGACCGCGUCCUCUCUCACUGGGGUCGGGAAACUCGAUUUCCGUAUCUGGACGAAGAGUUCGUGGCGUGGGUGUCGCAAGCCCCGGUGUGGGUAAAAUGCGGUUUUGGACUUCCUAAGACUGAGGCGACAGCUGAUAUCGAUUCUGAGAAAUUGGCGUUGCGGCUUGUUGCCCUUCGGCUAGGCUUGUCAAAGGUUUCUCGUGAGAAGAAGAGAGCUAUUCAGUUUGGGGCGAGGACGGCGAAGAUGGAAACGGGCAGAUCGAAAGGCACGGAUGCCUUGAGCUGA